AGGAGUACACUAUCAGUUCUGCUUCUCUUGGAAAUAUCGAAUAAGGAUAUGGAGCGUACAGGUCUUCUUUCGCUGCCCAAUGAGCUCCUGCUCCAUGUCCUUAACCCUCUGCCUACGCCUGAUCUCCUCCCACUGACUACCGUCUCGCACCGGAUAUACACGCUCAUCCUACGCAUUGUGCGCAAUCGUCUUAUUGCUGCCACAAACCUACAGGAGGGGCAGUAUACUUUGCUCCUCGAAUGUUACCAUCCAUCCGCAAAGCUUACAGAACCGCCACUAUAUUGUGAUUAUCUUGGGACUGACGGGUUAGACGUGAGAGACCCUGAAGCUGAUGAUGCCGACUUGGUCGGACGCCUUGGAUAUCUAAAGUCGCGCUAUUCGCGUUUCGGGCCACACCGAAAGGGUCCCGAAGCGUACAGGAGAGUCGCCAGGCCUGGGGAUAUUCCAGGAUCUCGGACGCAUCCUUCCACCUCACAACCUCGGUUUAGCGGAGGAGGCUACAAUGACGAAGAGUUGGUGAAGCAAGUGCUAUCCCUUGACAGUGACGAACGCUUCUCUCAACUCUGCGCCGUUGUCAAUCUGAUCGAACUUGGCCCUCGCAAUGGCUUACUCCGAAGCUGCUCGGAGGUCGAUGAGGGCGUUGUCAGGGUCUUCAGGGACUGGCUUCGUAAUAAUUCAGAGCCAGCUGCGCAGGGAGGGCCAGAGCUCCAAAAAGACCCUGAAUAUACCAAACCCGGGAAAGGCAAAGAGAAAGCUGGUCCUGAGGCCUUUGAUGAUCAGCGAAUUCUCUGGAUCAAUCCCUCCAAGAAAAAUGUAGGUCUGCGAUUUAGAGUGCGCGAGCGGAAGUUUAGAAGAGAAAACCCCAUCUUCGUCCUGGCGAAUGAGGAACUGGCAGUUAGCUAUGACAUUGAAUAUGAGGAACUUCUUGUCCGAACAUCGCACCUGCUGCUGACGUUCGAGCAAUCGCUGUUGGAGCAGGACAACCAUUCCGGCAAAGCAGUUGUUUUCGGGUCGUUUGGUUGAUAGCCAGAUCUGAGCAGAUCCCGGGAUGGCAGAUUACCUAUCGAUUGCCCAGGCGCUGCAGCAUGCGCUUCGUACCCGUAGAGAAAGAGAAAGACUGAAGUUUGCCAAGAAGCAUAACGAUUUCCGCCU